ACUCUAACAGUAAAAAUGUUACAAAAUCGCAAAAUUAAAUUACUCUUAAUAUGUGUAAUAAUCGCCAUCAAUCACAGCGAACAAGGCCACCAAGGUCAAAGUCAAAUACAAGUCCGUAAAAAUCUCCCACCACAAAAUCUCCAACAACAGCAACAGCAUCAACAACCACAAAUUAGACAACUAGACCAGAGAAUUAUUCAAGAACGAACGCAUAAAGCCAGAGAAAUGUUGAAAUUUAUGAAUUUGGAAGGAGAUGUCUGUAAAGAUUUCUAUGAUUUUGCCUGCGGCAAAUGGUUGCAGGAACAAAACACUGAUAAGGCCCGUGAGGGUGAUCUGAUAAGUGUCCAAAGCGAAAUGGAACAAUUUGCCAAUAAACAAUUGCAGGUCAUACUCAAUGAACCAAUUGCCUCACAAGAAGAUAUCAGUGUAAAAGUGGUAAAAGAUUUCUAUAGAUCUUGUUUAAGAGUGCCAGCCACCUCACCGGCUCAAAAGAAAUUUAUGCAAAAUAUUGUUUUAAAUCAUGGCGGCUUGCCCGACAUCAAACGUAUCGGCUGGCAACCCAACUACAAUUGGAUACAUGUUAUAGCCGAUUUGCGCAGAAAGUAUGGCCUUGAUAUUUUAAUAGGCCUCACAAUUGAGCGAACUAAUCCCAAUCACAAAGCCAUCUACAUCGAGGAACCCCGAACUACUUUGCUGCCAGUGGAACUGUGCAGUUCUUUAGCAGCUCGUCAAAUAGACGAAAAGGAUCAAGUAUUUGAUAGAAUACAGAAUGAAAUUAAAGAUAAUUUACGUAAUAUCUUUGAGUUGACCGAAUCGAAUGCUUUGCGUAUAGCUGGAUCUAUAUUGCGUUUCGAAUUUGACUUGUGUAAGUAUAUGCGGAUAGAUCAAAUGGCAACAACACCACUUGAUGAGACCGGGAAUGAGGCGUUAAAUACCAACAGAAGAGGCCACCCAGCACGGAUUGUGGAAAAUAAAAUGCAUGGAGUUCGUCAAAGCACCUCCAAUAACUUAAGAAGCUUGCGAAGCCUUUCAGAUAAUUAUCAAAUAGAUUUUAAGGAUUUCAUUGAACGCAGUUUGGAUACGACUACAGUAUCUCAGGUUUAUUUCCGUUCGGAAGAGUAUUUUCAGCAAUUAAGUAGUAUAGCCAGGAAAGGUAUACACGCUUCAUUUGCCCACUACAUCAUGUAUCGCGCACUAUCGGAAAUAAGUUUUCCUCUUAAUGAGCGCAAUGACCAAAGACCAUUUAAUUGUGCCAACCAGGUCAUGCAUUACUUGCCUCAGGUGUUGGGCAAACUUUACGCGGACAAAUUCAAUCAUGAGCAAUCGAGACAGGAUAUGAAAGAUAUGUUUAGUAUUAUCAAACAGUCUUUUAGUAAAUACCUGCUAAGAGAUGUCAACUGGAUGGCCGACAAUACAAAGAGAGCCAUUAACCAAAAAGUAGCCACUUUGAAAAUCACUUUUCCCACGUAUCCUCCAAAUGGGGAUGUCUUAAGAGGCUUGCCGUUGCAUGACGACCAAGAUUAUUGGCACAAAUUGGAAACGAUAAUGAUGUAUAAUGCCAAUCAGACCAUUCAGCAAGUCAGACUGACCAAUGAUCAUUCCAAUUUCAUAGAGGCACCGGCUGUCACCAUUCAACAAAAACCUUUAGCUUAUGAAUUAGUGGCCGGUUAUGGCCUCUUACAAAAGCCGUUCUAUUCCCCGGUCUAUGCCAACUCUCUUAAAUACUCCUCCAUUGGAGUGGCCAUGGCUAGAGAAAUUAUAAAAAUUUUCGACUACCAAGGUCUACAGCAAAAUCCCAUGAACACUUUUCCCUGGGAUCCGGCCACCAUGGAAAGCUUUCCGCUCAUUAGCGAAUGCUUUCGUGCCCAAAUAAGCAAUUAUUUUCACAAUAAUCCCAAUGUUUAUCGAAAUGCCAGCAAAUUACGUGAUAUUAUGGUGGAGACAAGUGCCCUAAAUAUUGCCUUCAAUGCCUACAUACAUUGGUUAGAACUACCGCAUAGACAAAGAAGCGAAUUGCAAAUGGAGACUUUGCCCGAUAUGAAUUUCACAAACACUCAAUUAUUUUUCAUUAAUUUUGCACAAACUCACUGUGCAGCCCACCACAAGGCUGAAAUAGUGCCGGAAUUUUUACCUUUAUAUCGUCGUACAAUGGAACAGUAUGAUAUCAAUGGGCCUGUGAGUAAUAAUGUGGAGUUUAGCAGAGAUUUUAGUUGUGAAGUUGGUGCGGAUAUGAAUUUGGAUGAUAAGUGUUUGUUGUAUUAGAGAUUUGGGUGAACUUAAUGUUAAUGAAAUUAAAAAAAAAUAAAAUGAGAGAAUAAUAAAUAUAA